AUGCAUUUCACACGUCUCGCCAUCCCCACGGUGGCCUCCUUGGUUGCUGUGCAAGCACAUCCGGGACAUGACACUAAGGAAGAAAUCGCUCAUAUUGCAAGAGCUCAUGAAUUCCACAAGAGAGAUAUCAGUAGCUGCUACUCCAAGCUCAAGGCUCGAGGUCAUCAUCAACGCACCACCGAUAGAAGACACGAGAUCCUCCAGAACGAGCGAGCCAAGCGUGGUCUCCCCAUUGAUGCCUCCAUCAUCAAACUCCGCGAUCUCCCCGAACUCUCCGCCCGCGACUCCGGCACCGUCCUAAACACCAGCCAUCUCUCCACCACCCCCUACUCCCCCACCGACAGCUACAGCGACAUCUUCACCGGCAACAAUUCCUGCAUUCUCGUCCCGGAAGUAACCGAAGGCCCUUUCUACGUCAGCGGCGAAUACGUGCGCGCCGACGUGCGCGAAACCGCCAUCCAAUCGGGCAUCGAUCUCAUUCUCGACAUCCAAGUCAUCGAUACCUCCACCUGCGAGCCCGUCCCCGAUGUGUAUAUCGAUUUCUGGUAUGCGAACAGCACGGGAACGUAUAGUGGAGUGACGGAUGCGUCGGUGCCUGGGAAUAUUAAUGCGACGUUUGCGAGAGGCAUUCAGGUGACGGGUGAGGAGGGCGCAACUCAGUUUACGGCGUUUUAUCCGGGGCAUUAUCAGGGGAGGACCCAGCAUAUUCAUGUUGCUACUCAUGUUGGUGGAACAGCCUUUCCCAAUGGCACAUAUCAAGGCUCAACAGUCUCGCACAUCGGGCAGCUAUUCUUCGAUACCUCGCUCUCCAAUCAGAUCGAGGCGUUGACUCCUUACUCAACAAACCCAAACCCGGGAUCGACUACCAAUGCUGACGAUGGGAUUUUCCUCCAAGAAGCCGCCCUCGGCGACCCCGUCGUCGAAUAUUCUCUCCUAGGUUCUACUGUCUCAGAAGGUCUCUUCGGCUGGAUCGCCUUCGGUAUCGAUCCUACUCGCGCUGGAUCGAUCCAAGCUGCGGCCGCGUUGACGUCUAAUGGAGGUGUACCUGUUUCUGGCAGUGGUGGCGGUGGUGGACCAGGGGGACCUCCUCCUAAUGGUACGUUUCCUGGUGGACCAAAUGGGACGUUUCCCGGAGGACCGAGACCGUCGACGAGUAGUGGAGCGGCGACGCUGACGAGUAGUAGUGUAGGGACUACGGCGACGACGGUUUGA